CCGCCCCACCGCGCACGCUGCGGUUGCCCCGGCAGCCGCGCCCUGCGUGGCGGAAGCUCACAAUCAGCCCGGUCCCUGCGGCUUCCACCCCAACCCCCUGCGCUCACCUGCCCGCGCGCUCGCCCUCCGGGGACCCGGGGCCCAUGGACACACACACCCAGCCCUGCUGUCCCGCGCGCCAGCUCGCCAGCCCUACCCAAGGGACACCAUUCACGCCUGGGGGCCUCCGCCGGGCUCCGGGAGCCCAAGGUCGCGGCUGGGCCAGCGCUGAGCGUCAGAAGACGAGAGCAGGGGCCUCCCUGGUCGCCCCAGCAGGCCCAGGCACAUAGGUGCCCAGAGAUCCCUGGCUUCUGAUCGCCCGGAAGACUAAGAGCUUUAGUUUUGGUCCAGAAAGCAUUUUCAAGGAGCUGGUCAAGCAUGGCUUUAGCAGAUAAGAGACUUGAGAACUUACAGAUCUACAAAGUUCUUCAAUGUGUGCGGAACAAAGACAAGAAGCAGAUAGAGAAGCUGACCAAGCUUGGAUACCCUGAACUAAUCAAUUAUACAGAACCCAUUAAUGGACUUAGUGCUUUGCACUUAGCCUCAGUUUCCAAUGAUAUUGAUAUGGUCAGCUUUCUCCUUGACCUUGGUGCUCACCCUGAUGUGCAAGACCGAAUGGGCUGUACUCCCACAAUGAGGGCUGCAGAACUGGGCCAUGAAUUGUCAAUGGAAAUAUUAGCAAAGGCAAAGGCUGAUAUGACUAUAGUUGAUAAUGAAGGAAAAGGUGUUUUGUUUUACUGCAUUUUACCGACUAAGCGGCAUUAUCGCUGUGCUCUGAUCGCCCUUGAACAUGGUGCAGAUGUCAACAAUUCUACCUAUGAAGGAAAGCCAAUAUUCCUUAGAGCUUGUGAAGAUGCACAUGAUGUUAAAGAUGUGUGCCUGACAUUUUUGGAAAAAGGAGCCAAUCCUAAUGCAAUCAACUCAUCCACAGGCCGCACAGCUUUAAUGGAAGCGUCAAGAGAAGGGGUAGUGGAAAUAGUUCGAGGCAUAUUGGAAAGAGGAGGUGAAGUGAAUGCAUUUGACAACGACAGGCAUCACGCCGCUCAUUUUGCUGCUAAAGGAGGCUUUUUGGAUAUAUUGAAGCUUCUUUUUGCCUACAAUGGAGAUGUGGGGCUGAUUUCGAUAAAUGGGAACACACCACUUCAUUAUGCUGCCAUAGGUGGUUUUGCAGAUUGCUGUAAAUAUAUAGCUCAGCGAGGAUGUGACCUGAAAUGGAAGAAUUUAGAUCAUAAAACGCCCAGGGCUGUGGCUAAGGAAGGCGGCUUCAAAGCAGCAAGCAAAGAAAUACGCCGAGCAGAGAGAAUCGCUAAUAAACUAGCCAGGCCAGGAGCCAAAAAUCCAAAUCCACUGUGGGCCCUUAGACUGCACGAUUGGUCCGUAGAACGUGAGGCUUUCCUCCGGGAAGCCUUUGCGGUUUUAGACAGGGGUGAUGGAAGCAUCAGCAAGAACGACUUCGUGAUGGUGUUGGAGGAAAGGCAGGAUUAUGCAAGCUCAGAACAGCUGGCUGCCAUCGCUCAACUUCAUGAGAAAACCCGGGGAGGAGGGGUCAAUAUUAAUGAAUUCUUUAAAGGAACCAGAUAUUUAAACAAGUCUUUUGUCUUAGGAUCGUAUGGACCUAAGAAAAAGGAAAAAGGGAUGGGCAAAAAAGGAAAGAAAGGGAAAUUUGUCUUACCCCUUCCAAUCUGUGUCAUUCCUGAGUACGCGUUUCCACGCCGGCAGGAUGGUGGGCCACCGUAUUACAUGAUUGAGACCUACAAGAAUGUCACUGAUAGCAGCCGGUUUAACAGAGAUCAUCCCCCAGAACAUCCCAUUCAGGAUGACUCUGCUUGGUACAUUGAUGAUUCAGAGAAGGUAUUUUCAAACAUUAAUAUUAUCACCAAAGCAGGGGAUCUGGCUUCUCUGAAAAAGGCCUUUGAAUCAGGAAUACCUGUGGAUAUGAAGGACAAUUAUUACAAAACUCCGCUAAUGACGGCGUGUGCAAGUGGAAACACAGAUGUGGUCAAGUUUCUUCUUGAAAAAGGAGCUAACGUUAAUGCAACAGAUAACUUUCUGUGGACUCCACUUCAUUUUGCAUGCCAUGCAGGCCAACAAGACAUUGUUGAGCUUCUUGUUGAAUCUGGAGCUUUAAUAGAUGCAGCUUCAAUCAACAACUCAACUCCUUUAAAUAGAGCCAUUGAAAGCUGCAGACUGGAUACAGUAAAAUACCUACUUGAUAUUGGUGCUAAAUUCCAGCUGGAAAAUAGAAAAGGGCAUAGUGCCAUGGAUGUUGCAAAGGCAUAUGCUGAUUAUAGAAUAAUUGAUCUGAUUAAAGAAAAGCUAGAUAACUUGCCGAAACCAGCAGAAAAUCAAAAACUAAAAGGCAAGACACCUCCUAUACUGAAGACUGAAGGCCUUGAAAUUAAGAAAGAAGAGGAACUGCUGUCAUCAAUUUAUGGUGUACCAACCACAUCAGAGGGAAAGAAAGUACAGAAGGGUAAUGUGGUUCAUCUGAAUUCAUUGAUUACCAGUGGUUAUACUAAGAAAGUGGAUAUCACAUUUAUUCCACGGAGGAUUUGGAGUCCUGAAGCCACAACAGCAGAGCUGAUCAGGAAGAGGGAACUACGGCGAGAGAGGUUUACACAUGAGGUGGACUUCGACGAUUUUAUGAUGCCUUUUCAGAAGAACAUCACAGAGAAAGCUCGAGCACUGGAAGCUGCCUUGAAGACCUAAGUCAUAGCAGUUAUUUCUUGGGGUAAAUGCUUUGAGGCCCAGGGACCAAUCUUUGGAGAAAGUAGAUAUUUCCAUCAAAGCCAAAGCAAUCCAUACACCAAGAACUUGUUACCAAGUAUUUCUUUUUGCUUUAACAACUAUAAAUAUUCUGAGCUGUCUAGAGAAAA